UCAGGUGUGGCGGUUUGCGGAAGCUCAGGUAAAGAGUCUACCAUACUUUGGCGGGUCAGAGGUUGCUUUUUUGCUCAACAAGAGUAAACAUAAAACGAUCCUGCAGACCCUCAAGUUAGGAACAAGAGGAAGGAAGACUGAAACCGGAAAAGCUGGAUGAAGCCUGUAAUUAUCGUCCAGGGAAAGCGUCUUUUAGUCCGUGAUGGUCACGAAACUAUUUUUGUUUAUCUUAUUUUGAAAACAGAGACUUUUUUGCCUCUUUUCAAAUAACCAACAACAUUAAUGAGCACUGGUCGGCGCGCGCUCUUAGAGAAAUCUCUUGUACUCGCGUGAGGUGGUGGAUCGGAAGAAAGGAGAAAUGGGCGAUAAUGACAUCGAAGAGCAAGACACUUUUCCCGUAAAGAGGGAUGAAGAAGGUGAUACUCGAGCAAAUCCGAAGAGAAGUGGUCGCAGGGUAGAAAAGAUACAUAAGAAUGUUUCGAAAUGGAUUCUUCCCGAGGAGUUACGGGAGACGUAUUUGGAGCGAGCGAACUGCUGUCCGCCACCGAUCUUCAUCAUCCUCAUCAGCUUAGCGGAGUUAGGAGUGUUUAUAUACUAUGCGGUAUGGAAGCCUCAAAAGCAGUGGAUAACCCUGGGUACAGGGAUCUGGGAGAGUCCUCUUACCUAUAAGCCUGAACAACGCGAGGAGGCAUGGCGGUUUCUCUCCUACAUGUUUGUACAUGCCGGGGUGGAGCAUAUCAUGGGAAACCUGUUAAUGCAGCUUCUUCUUGGCAUUCCCCUGGAGCUGGUGCAUAAGGGCUUUGAAGUAGGCAUGGUCUAUAUGGCAGGAGUCCUUGCAGGCUCUCUUGCCAGCUCCAUCUUUGAUCCUCUCAGUGCUCUUGUGGGCGCUUCGGGAGGUGUUUAUGCCCUCAUGGGAGGUUACUUCAUGAAUGCUGUGGUGAAUUUCAGGGAGAUGAUUCCACUUAUGGGAGUGUUUCGCAUUCUUGUAAUUGUUCUUAUUGUUGGAACAGAUGUUGGAUUUGCUAUUUACAGAAGGUUCUUUAGCCACGACGUUGCCAUGAAGGUCUCUUUUGUGGCCCAUAUUGGUGGUGGAGUAGCAGGCAUGACCAUUGGUUAUGUCUUUUUCACCAACUACAAUAAAGAGCUCCUCAGGGACCCACGCUUCUGGUUGUGCAUUGUGGGAUACAUCGCCUUCUUCUUGUUUGCUAUAAUUUUCAACAUCUUCCUGUCCCCAGCACCCGCAUGAGGAGGAUGUGUGUCUGUGAUAGUUGAAGUCAUGCAUCAGUUCACAAUGGACUUUUUAUUAUCAUGGCUUUUUAAAAAAAGCAAGUCUCAGGUCAAUAUAACUGUCAGACAAGACUCUUAAGGUUGUAUGCUAAUUCUCUACAUGCAUAUCUAAAGUAAAUGUAAUUUUUAAAUCCAAAUAUUUCCUUUUUGGUUUUGCUUAAACAUAUCUCCUCAAAUAAUGUAGAUCCUCAGGAACAACAACAACAAAAAAAAUUAUAUUUUGACCUUUUUUGUAUGUGUGUGAGACCAUUUAUUUUGUAUUCACAAAAUUAUUGAGCCCUUUACAUGCUGGUCUACAAACUGAAUUCGUGACUAAGACAGUUCAAUUUAAUUGAAUUUAAUUCAUUUGAUGGGAGCCAAAAAUAAGCUUUGUAGUCAAAAAGAAUAUACUUGCCAUGUAAUUUUGUUGCUGCUGUUGUUGUUUUUCUCCAUAAAACUCCGUUUUACUUAGAAAUUUUAAAUACAUUUCUAAUUUCUUAGACUCAGAAUAUUGGAAGUGUCAGUAGAGGGCAGCACUGAUCAGCAAGUGGACAGACCUCAACCUGAGGUCACAACAAUGUAGUUUUUUUAAAUGUGGUGUUGCAUAAGUUAUUGACCUAUAAUCAAUAGGAAAUUGUGUCAAUUCAGUUAUAAUGACAUGCAUCACUACAUGAUUAUCGUAUCAUUUUGUUUCAGGGUUUAGGUUGGAAAUGUCAUUUUUUUUUAAAUAAAAUAAAACAAUGUACUAAAAUUUUUCAAA